AUGGCCAAGUCAAAGAACCACACCAACCACAACCAAAACAAGAAGGCUCACCGUAACGGUAUCAAGAAGCCCGCUACUCACAAGUACCGAUCUCAAAAGAGUUUGGAUGCCAAGUUCCUCCGUAACCAGCGUUUCGCUAAGAAGGGUACUGAAGCCGCUCUCGCUGCUGCUGGCAAGAAAUAA